GGCGGAGCCGGCGCGGCAGGCCGGGCAGGGUUCCCUUCGAGGUAUCUGGGCUCCUUGGGCCUAGAAAGGCCCCUUGAGAACCGCAGGACUGGCUUUUGCAACUGGAGAAGGCUUCCAGCCGAGCCUCCCAGGCCUGGGAAAGGCCCUUCCUCUGCCAGCCCCCGCCCUCCCCACUCCGGCUCACACCUCCCUCCCUGACGCAUUUUGCCGCACAAGCUGUAAUAUGGCGGCAGCGAUGGCGGCCUGAACUCUAGGGAUCCGGGUUGAUUUUUAAUGCUUCAAAAUCGUAAGACUGAGCACUACUGCAGGAUUGCAGUCUUGGAGCCAUGGGAAUAAAGGUUCAGCGUCCUCGAUGUUUUUUUGACAUAGCCAUUAACAAUCAGCCUGCUGGAAGAGUGGUCUUUGAAUUAUUUUCAGAUGUGUGCCCCAAAACAUGUGAGAACUUUCGUUGUCUUUGUACAGGUGAAAAGGGGACAGGGAAAUCAACUCAGAAGCCAUUACAUUAUAAGAGUUGUCUAUUUCACAGAGUUGUCAAGGAUUUUAUGGUUCAAGGUGGUGACUUCAGUGAAGGAAAUGGACGAGGAGGGGAAUCUAUUUAUGGAGGAUUUUUUGAAGAUGAGAGUUUUGCUGUUAAACACAACAAAGAAUUUCUCUUGUCAAUGGCCAACAGAGGGAAAGAUACAAAUGGUUCACAGUUCUUCAUAACAACAAAACCAACUCCUCAUUUAGAUGGGCAUCAUGUUGUUUUUGGGCAAGUGAUCUCUGGUCAAGAAGUUGUAAGAGAGAUAGAAAACCAGAAAACAGAUGCAGCUAGCAAACCAUUUGCUGAGGUACGGAUACUCAGUUGUGGAGAGCUAAUUCCCAAAUCUAAAGUUAAGAAAGAAGAAAAGAAAAGGCAUAAAUCAUCAUCGUCCUCAUCAUCAUCCAGUGACUCAGAUAGCUCGAGCGAUUCCCAGUCCUCUUCUGAUUCUUCAGAUUCUGAAAGUGCUUCUGAAGAGAAAUCAAAAAAAAGAAAAAAGAAACAUAGGAAAAAUUCACGAAAACACAAGAAAGAAAAGAAGAAGCGAAAGAAAAGCAAGAAAAGUGCAUCAAGUGAAAGUGAGGCUGAAAAUCUUGAAGCACAGCCCCAGUCUACUGUCCGUCCAGAAGAGAUCCCUCCUAUACCUGAAAAUAGAUUCUUAAUGAGAAAAAGUCCUCCUAAAGCUGAUGAAAAGGAAAGGAAAAACAGAGAGCGAGAAAGAGAAAGAGAGUGUAAUCCACCUAACUCUCAGCCAGCUUCAUACCAGAGACGACUUUUAGUUACUAGAUCUGGCAGGAAAAUUAAAGGAAGAGGACCAAGGCGUUAUCGAACUCCUUCCAGGUCCAGAUCAAGGGAUCGUUUCAGACGUAGUGAGACUCCUCCACAUUGGAGGCAAGAGAUGCAGAGAGCUCAAAGAAUGAGGGUAUCAAGUGGUGAAAGAUGGAUCAAAGGGGAUAAGAGUGAGUUGAAUGAAAUUAAAGAAAAUCAAAGAAGUCCAGUUAGAGUAAAAGAGAGAAAAAUAACUGACCACAGGCAUGUGUCUGAGAGUCCAAACCGAAAAAAUGAAAAGGAAAAGAAAGUUAAAGACCAUAAAUCUGACAGCAAAGAGAGAGACAUCAGAAGAAAUUCAGAAAAAGAUGAUAAAUAUAAUAAAAACAAAGUGAAGAAAAGGGCCAAAUCUAAAAGUAGGAGUAAGAGCAAAGAGAAAUCAAAGAGUAAGGAAAGAGAUUCAAAACAUAAUAGACAUGAAGAAAAGAGGAUGAGGUCAAGGAGUAAAGAAAGGGACCAUGACAAUGUUAAACAGUCUGAGUCUAAAGGAAAAGAUGAGGAGAGGAGUAGAAGUAAAGAGAAGUCUAAACAGUUAGAAUCAAAAAGUAACGAGCAUGAUUACAAUAAAAGUAAGGAAAAGGAUAGGCAUGCACAAUCUAGGAGUAGAGAAUGUGAUAUAACUAAAGGGAAACACAGUUACAAUAGUAGAACAAGGGAACGAAGCAGAAGUAGGGACAGGAGCAGAAGAGUGCGCUCUAGAAGCCAUGACAGGGAUCGCAGCAGAAGCAAGGAGUACCAUAGAUACAGAGAACAGGAGUACAGAAGGAGAGGACGGUCACGAAGCCGAGAGAGAAGAGCAACACCAGGAAGAUCAAGAAGUAAAGAUAGGAGGAGGAGGAGGAGAGAUUCACGGAGCUCAGAGAGAGAAGAAAGUCAAAGCAGAAAUAAAGAAAAAUACAAAAACCAAGAAAGUAAGAGUUCACACAGAAAAGAAAAUUCUGAGGGUGAGAAAAGAAUGUACUCCAAAAAUCGUGAUCAUAGUAGCUCAAAUAAUAGCAGGGAAAAAAAGGCUGAUAGAGAUCAAAGUCCAUUCUCAAAAAUAAAACAAAGCAGUCAGGACAAUGAAUUAAAGUCCUCCACAUUGAAAAAUAAGGAGGAUGAGAAGACCAGAUCCUCAGUGGAAAAAGAAAACCAAAAAUCAAAGGGUCAAGAAAAUGACCAUGUACAUGAUAAGAAAUUUGAUCAUGAAUCAAGCCCUGGAACAGAUGAAGACAAAAGUGGAUGAGUGAGUUGGGUAAACUUAUUUCCAUUCUGUUCUAAAAUUUUGAGUUUUAGAGACUCGCUAAUGAAUCUCCUUUAUGUUGUUCUCCUUUUCAUUGUUUUUGGGUUAUUUUUUGUUUGUCCUUUUUUUUUUUUUUUUUUUUAAUGUGGAUUUCAUUGAGUUGAUCUUUUGAUAAUCUGCAAUCCGGAUAAUUUGUACUGCUAAAGUUUUAAUAAACUUGAAAUGAGAAAAACA